AUGGAUGUGUUUGAAUUUGUAGAUCCAUUAAGAAAGAGAAAAAUAACAAAUAAUUUAUUUGACUUUGAUAAAUAUAUAUAUAAAGAUAAAAGUGAAGAAUCAGAAGAAAAAAAGAAUAGUGAAAGUAGUUUAAAAAAGAAAAAAAAAAAAUUAAGAAGAGUUUUAAAUAGCUCAAGUAGUGAUGAAAAUCUUGAAAAUGAAAAAAAUAGAGAUAGCAAAGUAAAAAAGGAAAAAGAGAUAAUUGAUAAAAAGGAAUUUAAUGAUGAAGAUUGUGCAAAUGUUAAUGAUAAUUCUGUUUCAUAUGAAAGUGACAAAGAAGAGUAUGAAAGUAGUUUAAAUCAUUUAUUUGAAUGUUUAUUAAUAUCAAUAAAAAUAAAAAAUAAAAUUAUUGAAUAUUUUACCUCGGACAUAAAAGAAAAGAGACAGGAAGUUGUAAAAGAAUUUGUAAAAGGAUCUUUUAGAAUAAGUAAUUGUGAUGCUAAUUUUCAAAUUUUUGAAAAUAACGUUGAUACAUUUCAUAAAUUAAAAAAUUAUCAAAAAUGUGGAGUUUUCUGGUUAUAUAUUUUAUAUAAAGAAAAAAAAAAUGGAAUUUUAGCUGAUGAAAUGGGGCUUGGUAAAACAGCACAAACAUGUGUAUUUUUAGAUUACAUGUACAGAACAAAAGAACUUCAAAAUAAAACAAUCAUAGUUGCACCAACCAGUUUGUUAAAAAAUUGGAAUAAUGAAAUUAAUAUGUGGUGCCCUUAUUUAAAAAAUCAUAAAAUAAUUUACUAUGGUAAUCAAAAUGAGAGAAAAUAUUUAGCUUAUGAUAUUUUUACAAAUCAAAGUAAUAACAUUCACUUAAUUGUUACAAGUAUUAAUAUGCUUAUUGGAAAGAACGAUGUUUCGUAUUUUAGACAAAUUAAAAAAUAUGAUUAUCUAAUAUUUGAUGAAGCACAUUUUUUAAAAAAUAAGAAUUCCUUAAUAUAUAAGAAAUUACAAAAAAAAAUUGUUUUUAAUAACAAAAUUUUAUUAACAGGAUCGCCUAUACAAAACAAAACAGAAGAGUUAAUGAAUUUACUUUUAUUUUUAAUGCCUGAAAUUUUCACAGAAAAAAAUAUAAAUAGUGCUAUGAAUGCUUUUGUUAAAUUGUAUCAACAAAUUCUAAAUAAAAAAGAGGAUUAUGAUUUAGAAGAAAAUAUUCAACUAAAUAAAAAUCAAGAGAUUCAUGACAUAAAAUCUGAAGAAGAGAUAGCCAAUUCAGAAUCUGCUAAAAAUAUGAUAAAAAAUUAUUUAAUUCAAACAAUAAAAAAUGAUGUAAAGCACGUAGAAUUAAAAAAUAAAGAAAUUAUUUUGUUACAACUUAUUAUUGAGCCUUAUAUUUUGCGAAGAUCAAAAAAACACGUUUUUAUAGAUAUGCCAAAAAAGCAUAGUGUUAUCAUAAAAUUGCCUUUGAAUAAUACUCAAUUAAAUUUAUAUAAAAAUGAGAUCUUUUCUAAAUUGCAACACACUCAUAAGCAUUUGGAAUUUAUACAAAAACAUUCGAGCAAAAAAGAAUUAGAAAAAUUAUAUGCUAUUUUAGAAAAGAAAGAAAAUAAGGCAGAUAAACUGCCAAAUGAAUUGCAAGACAAUAAAGAAAAUGCACAAGAAAAAAAUGAAGAGAAAAAUGAUGACUAUGAUGAUAAAGAAAUAGAUGAGGAAACCAUUAAUAUAGAAAAAGCAGAAGAAAAUAAAGACAGUAAUAUAAUUAUUAAUAAAAGAGAAGAUGAAGAAAUUGUUGAAAAUAAUAAUAAUAAUGGCAAAGACGUUAGAGGAAAAAUGAUAAAUGCUUCUAUAUUUAUACUUAGAAGGAUAUGUAAUCAUCCUUUACUACAUAAAUAUUAUUAUUCAGUUGAGGAUAUAAAAAAUAUAUCUAAAUAUUUUUAUAAUAAUACUGAUCAAUAUCUAGAUUUAGACUUGAAAACAGUGGAAACUGAAUUUAUGAAAAUAUCUGAUUUUGAUAUUCACUUAUCUAUUAAGCAUUUAAUAUCACAAGGAGAUAAUAAUUUAAAUAAGUAUUUAAUUACAAAGGAACAUAUAUUAAAUAGUACAAAAAUACAUCAUAUGAUUUCUCUUAUUAAGGAAAUAAGACAGAAAAAGGAAAAAGUUUUAAUAUUCUCUCAAUUUACUACAUUCCUUGAUAUAAUUGAAGAAGCUUUAUUGUAUGAAUUUAUUUAUGAUGAUCAAGAUUUUUCAGAUCAUUUACAGCACAUAAAGAGCUCACAAAGUAUUAAUAAAAAUGAAAAAAGUGAUGAAGAGAAUUCAGAAAAUAAUAAGGACGAUGCUUCCUUAAAAAAUAAGGAUGUAAAUAAUGAUGAAAAUAAAAAUGAAAAAGACUUUUAUAUUUCUUCAUCUUCUUUUUCAAGUUCUUCAUUUGUCACAGAAGAAAAAAUUGGAAAUGAAAUUUAUGUUCGAUUAGAUGGAACAACUAAUACUAUUGAAAGGCAAAAAAUUAUAAAAAGAUUUUCAAAAAAUGAAAAUAUUUUUAUAUUUCUGUUAUCAACCAAAGCUGGAGGUGUUGGCCUUAAUUUAAUUGCUGCUAAUCAUGUUAUAUUAAUGGAUCAAGAUUGGAAUCCUCACAAUGAUAGGCAAGCAGAAGAUAGAGUACAUAGAUUAGGGCAAAAAAAUGAAGUUCAUAUAUAUAGAUUGUGUUGUAAAAAUACAAUUGAAGAAACUAUACUUAAAUGCUGUAAAGCGAAAUUACAUCUUGAUCAAGCAUUUGGUGGGAAUAGUGAUUUGCUACAAACAGCUUUAAUAAAAGAUGCUUUGAAUGCGGUGGAUAUGAAAUAA